UGGCAGGAGAAGCCGUCGGCUGCGGAGGGUCUGAACUCUCUUUUACGGUCCAGUUUCAGACGAAAGUACUGUUAAAAAAAAGACAACGGGACUGGCGAUGGAUAACAGUAAACGGACGGUGGUGGUUACAGGUUUUGGGCCAUUUGGAGAGCACACAGUCAACGCCAGCUGGGUAGCUGUACAGGAACUGAAGAAGCUUGGACUUGGAAGUGAAGUGGACUUGCAUGUUUCAGAGGUUCCUGUAGAGUAUCAGACAGUCCAGAGUUUGGUUCCUUCAUUAUGGAAGCAGUAUCAUCCACUGUUGGUCGUUCACGUUGGCGUCUCAGGUAUGGCCACCACCGUCACACUGGAGAAGUGUGGCAGAAAUCAUGGCUACAAGGGCCUGGACAACAGCAGCUUCUGUCCUGAUUCGCAGUGUUGCAUCGUGGGAGGUCCAGACUGUAUCGACUCAGUUAUUGACAUGGAAUCGGUCUGUAAGCGAGUGACGGCCUCGGGGCUUGGAGUAGCUGUUUCUGUCUCUAAAGAUGCUGGAAGGUAUCUCUGUGACUUCACCUACUACACCUCUUUGUAUCUGAGCCAUGGUCGCUCUGCCUUCGUCCAUGUGCCUCCUCUUGGAAAGCCUUACAGCGGUGAAGACCUGGGCCGUGCACUGAAGGCCAUCAUUCAAGAGAUGCUCGAGCUUCUGGACCAGGCUGAGGAGAAGAUCCACUGCCAGCAGCACUUCCACUAAGUGACCUCCAGAAGUCAACCAGCCUCUUCAGCCUUUACCACACAGGAGAACUUGCACUUAACCACAAGUAGCCAAACCUCUUUUUAUUGUCUUGGACAAAACAAAAACUUCAUUGUUUCUGAUCUUUCCAGCAUUUAUUUGUCUUUAGCUGCUUUCACAUAUGCACUCCUGAAAAGACCUAGAUCAUUUCAGGAGGACUGCUCUGGAGAUUCUCCUGACCUGGCUGUU